AUGUUUGCGUGCUGUCGACGCGCCGACGAUGGGGGCGAACGGGGCGGGCGCGACGACGCUUUGCGGGCGCGAUUGGAAACGAAUGGGACGUUUCACGCGCCGACGGGACGGACGAUCGCGACGAACGACGUGGGUGACGCCCCGGAGACGUCGAGGGAGACAACGACGGAUGCGUACGGGUUCGCGUUGGACCCGGACGCGGUGGCGACGCGCGAGGCGACGCGAGAGCGACGGGAGGAUGAGUAUUGGACGCGCGCGCGAGGGGAGACGACGGAGCGGACGCUCAUAGAGGCGAGAGAGGCGAGAGAUCCAGCGCUGAAACGAGCGACGCGGCGAGGGGUGCCGAUGGAUUUAAGGUGUGACGCGUGGUUCGCGGCGAGCGGGGCGAGGGAGUUGAUGCGAAUGGGGCCGACGGAGGGGUAUUACGAGAAGCUGUUGUUGAUGCGCGUGGAUGAAAAGGUCGUGGACCAAAUCGAGCUCGAUUUGGCUCGGACGUUCCCGGCAAACGCGAGGUACGAACGAGACGCGAAUGGGGUGGAGGGAAAUGAUGUUCUGAGGCGGUUGCUCUACGCGUACGCGCGGCACAAUCGUAAGACGGGAUACUGUCAGGGAAUGAAUUACAUCGCGGCGUUUCUCUGGCUCGUCAUGGGCGACGAGGAAAAGGCGUUCUGGACCUUCACUGCUCUACUCGACGUCGUGCUCCCGAACGACGUGCACGCGCGAGACAUCAAGGGCACGAUAUCGCAGUAUAAAAUAUUGCAUAAGCUCCUGGAUGUGAACGCUCCAAAGGUGGCGAAGCACCUGAAGGAGCUCGACGUCGACUUGGUCAUGAUUGCGAGUAAGUGGUUGCUCUGCCUUUUUGUCGAAUCUUUCCCCGCAACAACCGCCGCGAGAGUUCUCGAUUGCAUCACCUACGAGGGUGAGAAGGUGUGGUUCCGAGUCGCGAUCGCGAUGAUGAAGAUGUACGAGGCCGAGAUUUUAUCGUGCAUGUCGCUUCCGGAUGUCAUGUUGUGCCUCAAGCACGCAUACGCCAAUCAAACGGACGCCGAUGCGUUAUUAACGUUCGCGUUCGAGCGCGUGUCGCUGGCGAACAAAACCAUAGCCAAUUAUCGCAGGAUCGUCGAGCAGAAAAUGUACGACGAGGACCUCGCGAGAACGACUAGAAACCCAUAG